CUUUGUCAACUGCUGUCUUUCCAGGUGUGAACACUUGACUCUAAAGCUUUGAAACCACUGAUACCUUGCAGAAAUAUGAGAUGGACGACUAAAGGCGCAGUUAUUGGUCAAACUUAUACACUUACUUCUGCACAUGUGCUCAACCCUCAACUAGAAAACAUUUAAAAAAGAACGGAGUUGGUUGCAACGAGCAUGCAGUUGAGGAAACACAGUACAAGCUGAUGUUUGUCAUUUCACUUCCCGUUGAAGCUCCAUUUGCAAAAAAAGCUAUAUAACCUCUCAGUGUGGCAGUUACUCAGUUUCCCCCUACAGCUCACACAAAUGGACAGCAGUGCUCAAGGUGGCAAAGCCUUUGGUCUUCUGAAGUCCAAACAGGAGGAGAAGCUAAACUCCAUCAAUGAGGUGUUCCUUUCAGAUCCAAAAUAUGUGGAGGAGGAAGAUCUGGGCUCAAAGCUUGAAGCAUUUAAAAAAAAAUACAUGGAGUUCGAUCUAAAUGACAAAGGAGAUAUAGAUAUGAUGGGGUUGAAACGAAUGCUGGAAAAACUUGGAUUAGCUAAAACUCACUUGGAGCUGAAGAAGAUGAUGUCAGAAGUGGCUGGAAAUGCAGCAAAAGACUCCAUCAGCUACACUGACUUCCUGAAUAUGAUGCUGGGGAAAAGAAACGCAAUUCUCAAGCUGAUUUUGAUGUUUGAAGGCAUGGGAAAAGAGAAGGAGCAGAAGGAUGUUGGACCCCCCACUCGCAAAACCUUUUCAGAACUGCCCUGAAGGCGUUUUUAACCUCUAUGCUGUUAAUCUGACACAGAAAUAACACAUGUCAAAAGGAUGUGAAACUAAUGCCAGUCUUAGAUUUUUUUUUUAACUAAAGUAAUUCAAAACUUUACUUGGGAUUCAAACAAGAUAGAAAUUCUGUUGAUUCUGUUUUAUGUGUUGAGUGUAAAAAGAAACAGCAGUUUAUCUGUGGGAAAGCAAUAAUGUAGAAAAAAUCCUCUGCACUAAAUGAAAUAGAAACUUGAAGGCUUAGUGGCAAGACAAUUUACUGAACAAAAGUGGGUAACCUUUCACAAACUACUAAGGUUUUACUAUUUUUGUUUUGACAGACUUUGCGAUUGUUAAAUGAAAGUAAAACUUUUUAAAAUCUUGUAAUCAAAAAAUGGGCUUUUACCUGAAGAAGAUAUUUUCUGAUCUGUCAGUGCAAAAUGUAACAAAUUACAAAUGAAUAGUGUUCAAUAAAUAUGUAGAGUGGGUCAA